AGAUUGUUGCAAAAGGAUGCGGAGCAGGAAUCCCAAAUGAGAGCUGAAAUUCAGAACAUGAAGCAAGAACUCUCAACCAUUAGUAUGAUGGAUGAGUUUGCUAGAUAUGCCCGUCUGGAAAGAAGGAUUAACAAAAUGACUGACAAGCUUAAAACUCACGUGAAAGCACGAACUGCCCAAUUAGCCAAAAUAAAGUGGGUUAUAAAUAUUGUAUUCUACAUCUUACAAGCUACCCUGAUGGUCUCUCUGAUUUGGAGGUACUAUGCUGAGCCAGUUACAGUGCUUCCGGGCAAAUGGCUUGCUCCGCUGGAGCGUUUGGUAGCCUUUCCCACAGGGGUGACAGGUGGUGUUGGAAUUACGUGUUGGCUUGUGGUUUGUAAUAAAGUUGUAGCUAUUUUGCUACACCCUUUCAGCUAAAGGAAUCCCAGUAAUCCAGGAAGUCCUCAACUACAUU